AUGAUUCGAGGAUUCAUGGGGCUCAACGCCCAGCGGUCGUUCUCUAGCAUGUCCCGUUUGGGUAACGCUGCCGUACGCUCUGCCGUGCCCGACCUCCACACCCUCAAAAUCAGCACCAACGGCUCCAACCACUUGUACGCCAUCUUCAAGCUCCACAACAUGCCAUACAUGGUCACCAAGGGCGACAGGGUGUAUUUGCCGUUCAAGUUGAAGAACGUGCAGGUGGGAGACAAAUUGAAGUUGAACGACGUCACCACUUUGGGGUCUCCAGAAUUCACCUACAACGACAACAAGGGCAUCCCCCAGGACGCCUACGAGUUGACAGCCAGUGUGGUGGAGAUCACCAGAGAGCCCUACUACGAGGUGUACAGAAAGAAGCAGAGAUGUCGUCGGUUGAAGACGUUUCCCGUGGAGCCCUUCCAGACGGUGUUGAUGGUGGACGAAUUGAAGGUGAACUAG